UCAAUUUUUAGAAUGAGCUCGUACUCUUCGGUUAUUAGCUUAACUUGUGUUAAGGACGAAAAAAAAUUCAAGGAUAUACUAGAGGCUUCAGUCCGCUCUCGUUUAAAAAAAAUUAUCGAAGACGUAGUUGCUGAAACGUAUACUCUUAUAAACUUUGAUGUAAGAAGAUUAGUGGAAGCUUUUGGUGUGGUAAUAGCUUGCAUUGAAAGUUCGCCAGAGCCCGGUCCCAUAUUGCUAAAGCACAAGUCUUCAGCUUUGGAAGCUGCAAAGCUUCUUUUAUCCGAACCGCGGAACCCCGCCUACCGGUAUCCCAUCAAGGCGGCUCUUGCAAAGCUCGAGCAUGAUUGUGAAAUGAUUUUUAAAAAUAAAACUUGUACAUAUCAGCUUAAUAAAGAACAAAUAGAAAAAAUGUUAGAGCUUGCUACAACAACCAAUGAGCUUUAUGAAAAAGAUCUGGCCAUAAGAAAUCCGCGGCUAAAAAUUUGGGCUUCGGGGCCCACAAGCUCAAUUUUAAAAGAGCAAGUCCGACUGAAUUCAGAGAAUGUUACCAUCCCCGAAGUUCGUGCUCGCUUAAAACUUCUUGGGGACGAGGGACCUUUUGAGGGCUUAGAUCUUUAUGGCUACAUACAUCGACUGGUGAACUUGGAAAAUAAAAUUAGAUGGGAAAAAACAAAAGAAAUUGGAUCCAUUCAUCAUGAAUGCUUUAAAUUGGAGCACUGCGAUCUUCUCGCAGAGUUGAGGGCGCGAAAUAUAACGUUUGAUGCUCGCAUGAAGACUUACGAGUUGGCACAUCUUUUAUUUAUGCAUCGUACCAGACCUAUCAGAAAAAAACUUUGGGAUCAACAAAUCGAGGUCGAACUCCCCAUUUUAAGUAAAAAUCAGUUCUGUUGA